CCACGCGCACGCACACACACAAGCGAACCGACGUGCGCGCUCCCGCUGUGUGAAGCGACAAGAUGGCGGUCGCCGCCGGAUCAGUUGUCAAAGUCCCUCGCAAUUUCCGGCUGCUGGAGGAGCUGGAGGAAGGCCAGAAAGGUGUGGGAGAUGGCACGGUGAGCUGGGGCCUGGAGGACGACGAUGACAUGACCCUGACGCAUUGGAGAGGAGUGAUCCUCGGCCCCCAGAGGACGAGCUUUGAAAACAGGAUGUACAAUCUGAAAGUUGUAUGUGGGCCAGAAUACCCGGAGUCCCCACCGUUUGUCAAAUUUGUGACAAAGAUAAACUUGAAUGGCGUGCACACCUCCAGCGGCGAGGUGGACGUGAAUGCGGUGACUGCACUGGCCAAGUGGCAGAACUCCUACAGUAUCCGGAUGGUGCUGCUGGAGCUGCGACGGCUCAUGACCUGCAAGGAGAACACGAAGCUUCCUCAGCCGCCCGAGGGCCAGAUCUACAACAACUGAGCGCCUGCUUCUUCUGCCUCCAUCGCCCCCUCUACUCUGUUUUUGUUUUGCUUUCAUCUCUUUAUCUCCGCCAUGUGACAUCCUGUCUCAUGCCAACACCUUGACUGAGCGCGCACACACACACGCACACACACACACACACAAUCAAACAGCGGAACAUGAGGUCCAGAUGAAUACAUGCAAACACACAUUUAUCAGUACACACACCCAGCAGAAGACCUGAAAGGUAACAAGUACAGGCAAAUCUACAUACACAUACAGACACACUUGAGCAUCCAUGAAAGUCACCCCCCCCCCCCCCUCCCCCCUCACUGGAGGUCUGGGUGGACUCGAUGUGACGAGGCACGUGGUGUCCUCAGUCCACACCAGAUGUGAUCGUUUGAAUACUGUACAUGUUACUAAUCUUUCUUUUUGUAUUAUUAUUUGUUAAAAAUGCAGAUUGUACAAUAACAUAAAUAAUCUUAUUGAGUGUA